CUGUGGGACACUUCCGACCUUCAGUGAUGGAACAUAACACUGGGCAACUGUCUUCACCAGCAAUUACCUGGCUGGGUUCUACUCUUCAAUGACACAGCAAGAACCUCCAUGCUGGCAAGACACAGAGGGAUCUGAAGCAGCCGGAGAAGUUCUCCCAGUGUGCUCCUGGUGAGGUGAUUCUGGCAGUCCAGAAUGAUGCAACAGAUUUUGAGAGACAUGUUUGUAGAUCCGGAGCUUCUGGCUGAACUGAACGAGGAGCAGAAACAAAUUCUCUUCUACAAAAUACGUCAAGAGCAGGUGCGACGCUGGACAGAGUGUGAGAGCCAAGGAGGAGCCUGGGAAAGGAACCUCCUGACCAAGAAAAAAGAUGAAAACACAAAGAGUGUUCAGUGGCUAAAGGGGAUUGAUGGUGAAGUGUGGGUCUGGGUGAUGGGAGAGGCCACUGGAGACCGACCAUAUGAGCUGAUUGUCAAGGAGUUGAUGGAGGAGAGCGCCAGGAGACAGGCUCAGCUAGAAGCCCAAGAGCUCUGGCGGAAAAAAGAAGAAGAGAUAAAGCAAAAGUUCAGAAAUGCCAUCACAAAGGAAAAAGCACGCUUAGUCACAGGAAAGUGGAAGGAAGACGCUGAGGACAGGAAGGCAGCCAAACAAGAAGAGGAACGCCUACGGGAGAAACUGAAGAAACAAGAGGAAGAGGAGAAGCAUAGGGAAGAAGUGGAGAUACGCCAUGCAGAGGAACAAAGAGCCAAGGAGCUGUACAUGUCCCUUGAGCUGGAACAGAAAAAAAGUGAACAAUGUGACAAAGAGUGGGAGGAACAAUUGCACCGCUCCAAAGCAGCUGAUGAGGAGAUGACUAGGAAGGCUCGUUGGGCCAGAGAUGAGUAUAAGCGUCAGUCACUACGAGCCAUCGAGAAAGGUCAUGUGGCUGGCAUCAGCGGCCACUUCCAGAAACAGACCCACAUGAAUAAAGCCAACCCCCACCGGAGACAAAGCACUUUCAUUGAACCAUCUGCAAGUCCAGUCUCCAGCAAUGAAGUCCAACCCAGGCCCAGCCUUCAGCGUGCAGAACCACCCCUGUAUCGGCGCAGACAAAGCCGCAGACAUAGUACAACAUCAACACAACCACUAAUGGAUAGCCCUUCAUGGGUGCGAGCACCACGACCCUGUUCAAGGGAGUCAGUUAUACUCUGGUUCACUGAGGAGCAGAAGCCAAAAAAUGCUGGAUACGAAAGGAACAGCAAUGUUAUCGCCCAAUGGUUUCACGGGAUUAUCUCUCGAGAGGACUCAGAGAGGCUACUUAUGAAUGUUACUGAGGGCUCUUUCUUGGUGCGGGUCAGUGAGAGGAUAUGGGGCUACACACUGUCCUAUCGCACAGCCAGUGGUUUCAAGCAUUUCCUUAUCGAUGCCUCUGAGGAUUAUUACAGCUUUCUGGGUGUGGACCAAAACCGUCAUGCCACCCUUGCUGACCUUAUUGCCUUCCACAAGGAGGAAGUCAUCACAACUACAGGGAAAGAACUGCUGCUGGAGGCCUGCACACGGACUGGUCCCUCUGUAGACUUUGGAGGACUUUUCCCAUAACUUCUCACAUGCUACUAAAGACUUCAAAGGCUAACCACUAAAGGGCAGCUAAUGUAGCAGGAAGUUGGUAACUGUGGGUCACUGCAUUUCAAAUAAAAUAGUAAAAAAAAAAAAAAAAGACUUCUGGUUCUAAUAUCCUGCCUCUGAUUUACCAACAUAGUCUCAUGACAAACUCCUAAUAAUCUUAGUAGUUCCUCCCCAAAACUGAAAGCAAACGUCUUAAGUUAAUGAGACUGUCGAGCCCAAAAAAAUAAAAAGUACAAAUAAAAUAAAAGUAGUCUAUGCAAAUUGUGCACUAUAUUUCAAUACAUUUAAAUUCACUUGUCAUAUGAUAGCUUUCAAAUCUUGCACAUUAAAAUUUACCACAUUGGCCCUACACACGAGAACCAGUGAAGUUUGAGCUCAGUUUUUUCUACUCUAAUAAGCAGGGCUUUCGGUGUAUGCAACCAAAGUAGUUCUUACAUGUAUCAUAAGAGUGGCAGAUUUGAAUACACCAGAUUUCAAAGCUAUUCUAUGGCUUGGGAGGACUUCGAAUAUGGUGAAUCGAUUACUUUAUUGGUACUUUUUGACCAAAAAAUGACAGCCCCGGUUCCUAUUAACUUACAUGGAAAUUUAAAGAGCACAAAUGUGGCCUCUUCUUGACUGAUUUAAAAUUUAAAUCCUAGUUAGGUUUAUGGUUGGAGUUUUGGUAAGGGGUCAGACUUUAUGGUUAGGUUUAGGUUUGAAAUUAGUGGUUAGACAGAGGAAAAAAAGUGCUGAAUUGUACCGAUUAGAAAUUGUGUUCAUUGGUUGUUUGAUUAUUCUCCACAAAGAACAAAAGUUGAACAUUUUUAGUACAAGCCAACUUGCAUGAUUUCUUAUGAUUUUGCCAUCUGGUUAACUCUGGUAGGUAUUAUUAACAUGAAGCCAGGAUGGAUUUACAUUGCAUUAUCUUCACAAAUAGAAAGGUGGACUUAAUCUUUCCAGAUAUAAAAGGAACUUUAUACUGUACGGUUUCCUUAGAUGAGUGGUCUUGUCAACAUAGUCUCAUAGAAUGAACAUUACUAUAACUACAUUUUUACCAUCUGACCUCUACGUGCCACGUUCUACGUUUUACAGUAGAUUUCUGAAGAAAAUGAACACUAUAGGCGCAACAACAACUGAUUACGACUUUGUAAACCAUUAGUUUUGGCACUAUUACUCACACUGCCAUGUUACAAUUUCGAAACAUUUUUACUAUGACACAUUUAAAGCUUGUAUUACAGACCAACCUACAAUUACACACUUGUCUCAAGCUGACACGUGAGGCAAAAGUGUGGAAGCUGAUAGUAUUCUAAUUUUCUUCUUUUGAUGCAUGGAAGUCAAAAUACACUGAUGCAAUGCAAGCAAAAACACACCUGAAACCAAAUGCUUAUUUUGUGUUCCUAAGAAAGAAUGUGCUUCAGAUUGUUAUAUUGUUGCAAAUAGCUUGGUAAAUAGUGAUCUGUGUGACCACUGGAACAAUGUAUUCAAAGCACCUUACUGUGACUACGGAAGCUCUGAUUAAACAAAAACAGGAAAAUGUUGCUUCCUCAGUCUUUCCUUUGCACAUUGGGGCUUUUUCCAUGAGCGAGAUAGCAUUUUUGUUCCUUCCACUGAAUUAGAUCUUCUGAUCCAACAAAAUACCUGCACAUCACCCUACAGAGCGGCAAUGCUAAUUUUUUUAUUAUC